UGCAACAGCAGCAAGUCAUUUCUGAGUCCACGCUACCCAAUGGACAAUGGCACAAGAGGAGAAAAAAGAACUGCUCUCUUGUAAGACCAACGAAGCAACCAGUGACGGUGAACGGAAAUCAGAACUGUGUAGUCGCAGUUCUCUUUUAAUCUCACAAGCAGUUAAUAGAAGUAUCUUUAAUAUAAAAGCAUCACCUACCACUGAGAGAAUCUCCUCCACUUUAGUUGAAGAGGAUGAACCCAAGAUUCCCCCACUGUUCACUGAAUUAGAUGAACUUAUUCCGAUUAAUGGGAACACAUUUAUUUGGAAGGAAACAACAAGGUGGAUAAAGUUUGAGGAAAAAAUAGAAGAAGGAGGUGAAAGAUGGAGCAAGCCUCAUGUAGGCACCCUGUCCUUACACAGUCUAUUCGAGCUACGUACCUGCAUAGAAAAGGGAACACUUCUGUUUGAUGUAGAGGCUAAAAGCUUUAAGGAGAUAUUAGAGACAAUAGUCAACAAUGAAAUUAUAAACGGCAAUCUCAGAAGUGAGCUCAAGGAAAAAGUCACAUAUAUCCUUCUUCGGAGUCACAAGCACCACACAAAAAAGACCAGGAUACAGGCCAUGGUUGACCUAGGGAGGAGAAUUUCCUGCACAAGUACAUCUGUUCCCAUGAAUUAUAAUACAACUACAGGCUUUUCCAAUGAAAUAUCAGAUAAACCUCUCCAGGAACAGCUGAAAAAUAAGUUCAAGAAACACGUCCCGGAGGGUGCUGAAGCCAUUAAUGUGCUUGUAGGUGAAGUAGACUUUCUCGAAAAGCCAUUUGUUGCCUUUGUUCGGCUAAAACAGGCAGUAAUCCUUGGGGCCCUUUCAGAAGUGCCACUGCCAACCAGAUUUUUGUUCAUUCUUCUUGGGCCAAUAGCAAAAGCUACGAUUUAUCAUCACAUUGGCAGAGCUGUUGGAAUUUUGCUUACAGAUGAGUUAUUCCAUAUUGUGGCAUUCAAAGCAAAAGUGAGAGAGGACCUUCUCGUUGGAUUUGAUGAUUUCCUUGAUGAAGUGACUGUGCUUCCUCCAGGGAGGUGGGAUCCCACGCUACGAAUAGCCCCACCGAAGGUUCUUCCAUCAGUACACAAAAGAAAAUCUGCAUAUUCCCGUAGUUCUAAAUCUUACAUUCACAAAGGAGGCCGUGUUCACCCUGAGGAGAGUUAUGGCAGUACUCUGCAUGUUGCUGAAGAUUUGAAAAAAACAGGAAAGUUUUUUGGGGGAUUCAUUAAUGACAUCAAAAGGAAAGCACCGUGGUUUGCCAGUGACUUCUAUGAUGGGAUGAAUCUCCAGUGUCUUUCAGCCAUCCUCUUCAUCUAUUUGGCCAGUGUAACAAACGUAAUUACAUUUGGAGGAAUAUUGGGUGAUGCAACUGAUAAUAUGCAGGGAGUCAUGGAAAGCUUUCUUGGAACAGCAAUUGCUGGAGCAGUAUUUUGUCUCUUUGCGGGACAGCCAUUAACUAUUCUUGGCAGUACCGGCCCUGUGUUGGUUUUUGAGCGCCUUCUAUUCAGCUUCAGCAGUGAUUAUAAGCUUGAUUAUUUGGAGUUCCGUCUUUGGAUUGGAUUAUGGACUGCAUUCUUUUGCCUCCUCCUGGUUGCCACAGAGGCCAGCUACCUAAUCCAGUACUUCACACGUUUCACCGAGGAAGGCUUCUGCACACUAAUCAGCUUCAUUUUUAUCCACGAUGCUUUCACGAAAAUGCUUAUUUUGGCCAGGAAUUAUCCGAUCAAUUCUGAUUAUAACAUUGACCAUGUUACACGAUAUCACUGCUCUUGUCUAUCCUCUGAAAGAGAUAAUGUCUCCAGUCUAUUUGCCAAAACAACUGAGGAUCACUAUGAACUUGGCAGUGCCACCUCGAAUACAACUUUCUACCUGGAGCCUGGUAACUGGUCUUCACUAACAAAGAAGGAGUGUUUGAAGUUUGGAGGAGAGCUGCUGGGUGAAACCUGUGAUUAUAUUCCAGACAUUGCACUCAUUUCUUUUAUCCUUUUCUUUGGUACAUUUGUUUGUUCCAUGUCACUGAAGAACUUUAAAACAAGCCGAUACUUCCCAACUGCAGUCAGAAAAUUAAUCAGUGAUUUUUCCAUAAUUUUGUCAAUACUGAUCUUCUGUGGAGUUGAUAUCCUCGUUGGUGUGGACACUCCCAAACUCAUCGUGCCAAAUGAGCUUAAGCCAACAAACCCAAACAGAGGGUGGUUUGUGUACCCAUUUGGAGCGAAUGAAUGGUGGAUCUGUCUCAUUGCGAUUGUGCCUGCUUUACUUGUCACAAUACUCAUGUUUAUGGAUCAGCAGAUUACUGCAGUCAUCCUGAACCGCAAAGAACAUAAACUCAAGAAAGGUGCUGGCUUUCACCUAGACCUGUUCUGGAUAGCUCUCCUUUUGAUCCCCACUUCAUUCAUGGCUCUGCCCUGGUACGUGUCUGCAACUGUAAUAUCCCUUGCGCACAUAGAGAGCUUGAAAAUGGAGACUGCAAAAUCUGCCCCUGGUGUAGAACCCACAUUUAUGGGAGUGAGGGAACAGAGAGUGACUGGACUGGUUAUUUUUAUUCUCAUUGGUUUAUCCCUCUUCCUGGCUCCAAUUCUGAAGUAUGUGCCAAUGCCAGUACUGUAUGGAAUCUUUAUGUAUAUGGGAGUGUCUGCUCUCAGCAGUGUUCAGUUUAUGGACAGACUGAAGUUGCUACUGACCCCUCCAAACCACCAGCCUGAUCUAAUAUACCUGCGCCAUGUCCCACUGCGCCGAGUUCAUUUAUUCACGUUAAUUCAGAUCUUGUGUUUGGUUAUGUUGUGGGUGCUGAAAUCAACAGAUGCUGCAAUCAUCUUUCCAGUUAUGCUCCUGGCUUUGGUGGGGGUACGGAAGGCCAUGGAAUGUAUCUUCAGUAGACAUGACCUAAGCUGGCUUGACGAUGUAAUGCCUGAGAGAGUGCGAAAAGAAGUGGAAGAAAAGAAAGCAGAGAAGGAUAUUUCAAGCAUUGAGAGUGAAGAUUCUGAAUACCAGUAUCUACAAAAAGCACCUGACAUAAAUAUCUCCUUGAACUGAAAAAAAUUAAAGGAUUGCACACUGCUCAGAGUAAUGUUCUCAAUGAAAGAGAUGUGAAAUUUUGAUAUCUAACAUUGGAAGCAGUUGCUGGAAGAAGUAAAAAUAAAUCAAAUUGAAUGCAAAGUGAAAACUAACUCUUUGACUAACUACAUUGAAAAAUGGUUGCUUAUUGUGUUUUUCCCUAAUCAUUUAAUACAAUUCUUUAAAAUCUAUGAUAUCUUCAACUGGGGUACCACUCUUGAGUUAAACCAUUGUUUUUACAUUGAACAGUGAAAGGUCACGUUUCAAUUGCACCCUUGUUUACAGUACUUUCAGUUGUAAAGGGAUCUUUGAAGUUGCAUUGAACAAGAGGGAGUAUGACUUAAGUGAGAAUUUUUAAAUAUUUGUGGGGGAAAAGUUUACACAUGAUCGUUCACAGAUUGGAAAGAAAAUGUUUGAUUUUUUUUAAAUGUUUGCGCCCUAUAUCUUUAAAAGAUUAAUUUUAUUUUAUCAUCCAUUUUCAAAUGUACUUGGACUGGCAACUUUUUCUCAAGUAUAAUGUGCAAAGUACAUUUUAAUAUUAACUCUAGCAGCAGGAUGUCAUAUAUACACUUCCUCUUUUUAUUUGGCUAAUUGAAAUCCUGAUGCCUAUAAAAUUGAAACAACAUUUCAUUCCAGUAGUCAUGAUUAAAAUAUAAUAGGCUUGGAAUUUUGGGGGACAAGGCUGCCUUAGUGUUAAACUGGCGUUCCCAUCUCAAUCCUACAAAUAAAUAUAUUUUUUGUUUUAUUCAUUCAUUUCUUCGUUGCUGGCAAGUGCAAAAUUUAUUGUCCAGUCUAAAUUUUACAUGGUGGUGGUGAGCCACCUGUAAAGAUACUUCCACAAAAUAGUUUUCAUUAUUCCACUGUUAUAGUAUGCAGAACAUUACAGCAUAGAAACAGGCAUUUUGGCCCACAA